CGCACGUUUUGUCCAGGAGCGCCAUUGGAACUUUGGAGAGAGCAGCGAAGUUGACGGUCCGGUUUUGGUCGCACUGACCCAACAUGUAUCGUCCCAAACCAACUCUGAAGGACCGACAACACCUGUACAAGCUCAUCAUAAGCCAGCUGCUCUAUGAUGGAUACACCAACAUCGCUAACAGUCUCAUCAGUGAGGUCAAACCACAGAGCGUAGUGUCCCCCUCUGAGCAGCUGAUGCAGCUGGCAAAGAUAGGGAUGGAGAAUGAUGACAGUGCAGUCCAGUAUGCCAUCGGGCGCUCAGAUACAGUGGCACCUGGAGUGGGUAUCGAUCUGGAAUUUGAUGCCGAUGUCCAAACCAUGUCUCCAGAGGCAUCUGAAUAUGAGACCUGCUAUGUUACGUCUCAUAAGGGUCCGUGCCGUGUGGCAACAUACAGUCGUGAUGGCCAGCUGAUUGCUACCGGCUCUGCUGACGCCUCCAUCAAGAUCCUAGAUACUGAGCGCAUGCUGGCUAAGAGUGCCAUGCCCAUUGAGGUGAUGAUGAAUGAGACAGCACAGCAGAACAUGGAGAAUCACCCUGUAAUCCGGACAUUGUACGACCACGUCGAUGAAGUCACCUGUCUUGCCUUCCAUCCGACUGAACAGAUUCUAGCUUCUGGCUCGAGAGAUUACACCCUCAAACUGUUUGACUACUCAAAGCCCUCUGCAAAAAGAGCAUUUAAAUAUAUACAGGAAGCAGAAAUGUUGCGUUCAAUCUCCUUCCACCCAUCAGGUGACUUCCUGCUGGUGGGAACGCAGCACCCCACCCUCCGCCUCUACGAUGUCAACACCUUCCAGUGCUUCGUGUCCUGCAACCCGUUGGACCAGCACACAGACACCAUCAGCGGUGUCGGCUACAAUCCCACCGCCAACAGCUACGUCACCUGCAGCAAGGACGGCAACAUCAAGCUGUGGGAUGGUGUCUCCAACCGCUGUGUGACCACCUUCGAGAAGGCCCACGAUGGCGCAGAGGUCUGCUCUGCUGUCUUCUCCAAGAACUCCAAAUACAUCCUGUCCAGCGGCAAAGACUCUGUGGUGAAACUGUGGGAGAUCUCUACGGGCCGGACGCUGGUCAAGUACACAGGCGCAGGUUUGAGUGGCCGGCAGAUGCAUCGCACACAGGGCGUGUUCAACCACACAGAGGACUACGUGCUGCUGCCGGACGAGCGCACCAUCAGCCUGUGCUGCUGGGACUCUCGCACGGCCGAGAGGAAGAACCUGCUGUCCCUGGGACACAACAACAUCGUCCGCUGUAUCGUCCACUCGCCCACCAAUCCUGGCUUCAUGACCUGUAGCGACGACUUCAGGGCCCGCUUCUGGUACCGCCGCACCACCACAGACUGAGACACAUCCAUGUCUCCACUCAACGCCCCCCCAACCCCAACCCCACCCCCCCGACAGAGCACCAAUCAGAAUGCUGGACUCUUCUAUAGGAUUCCAUAACCUCUCUGGUCUCGUCAACUUCAAGUCAUUUGUGGUAUCUUUCAUUUUUAUUUAACUGUGCAGUGGAAUUUGUGGGACAUUACUUAAGAAAACAGAGUUGUCAUUGCACCGUCUUAAAGAGCAGCCUGUCUUAAAACACGUCAGGUGCCUGUGUACACAUUGAGAGGUUUUGCUUGAGGUAAUUCUAUAUUCUAUAUUAAAAAAGACCAUAACUUUAGAAGAUAACCACUUCAUGAGAUUAACUCGGACUUCAGAACCUCAUAUUAGCUUCAGAUAGACUUUUGAAUAUAUGCACAGAAUCAGGACUGCAGAUGUUGUCCCCCACGACUUCUGUUGAAACAGUCUUUUGAAGGCCACCAGGAACAGGAUGAAUGAUUACAGCAAGCAAAACCUUGUUUUAGUGUCUGUAAGGGGACUUGACUAUUGUUUGAAGUCAGACUUGGAAAAAGUGAAUGGAAAACUCUUUUUGGCUGCCACUCUUUGUGAAUGAUACACUGAUCUUUUGUCUGAUUGAAUUCAAAGCCUGACCUUUGAAACUCCCUUCACUGCUUUGAGACCUCGUGCAGAAUUCACAUCUCAAAUUUUAGUUCUAUGUCAAAGUUGACCGCAGAGUUGGGUUGUUGUCUUUUUCACUUUUUAUACUUUGUCAAUGUCCUUUGUUGUAA